AUGGCGCGAUCUCCCUAUGAAGUGCUUGGAGUGGGACGAUUCGCGAGUCAAAAGGAAAUCCGACUGAAAUACUUGGACCUUUGUAAAAAGCAUCAUCCCGAUGUUGCCAAAACUUCCGAAACGGACUUCCGAGAAAUCACAACGGCUUAUCAGCAACUGACACAAAAAGGCCACCCUGUCUCCUUAUCUAAUACCACCAGCGUUCAUCGGCCUCAAGCUACCAUGGCCAAUGCCAGGUUAUGGACCAAUCGAUCACUGAUAGCCGGGUUCGGUCUCGCUGCUACCAUUGUCGCCUAUAUCUUGUAUGAACCUUCCCAUCCUGAAUUCGACCGUCCUCUCCCUCACCAUCAUACUGCACGUUCUGCUGAAAACUUUCGGCAAUGGCGCAAGCAAUAG